AUGAGCCUGCACAGUUUGCGUCAAUGUGCACCACUGACUCCAACGCUGCGCUUGUCUGGUGAUAUAACGCCUGCUUGCCUUCUGUUGAUUGGUUCGUGCUGUCCGCGUUUCACGUUCAACAAGAAUCUGCUUCUGAAAGUUCCUCGAUAUUCUAUUGUAUUGCAGAUUUUUGAAAUCAUGUCUUGUACGAAAACUGAACCGGUCGCCACAGAAACUGUUACUGAGGAGCAAACCGAACUUGUUCUGCGUCUAUCUCGCGAGCCUGAGAGACCUCAUGUGAACUGGACCACAGAUACCGUUGACAACGAGAAUUUGGGCAGGAAGAAAAGCAAAUGUUGUUGUAUUUACAAAAAGAAGAAAACGUGGCAGGACAGCAGUAGCAGCGACGACUCGGACUGCGAAACUGGCAACUGUCGGGGUCACGUGGAAAAGAAGAAGGAACAUGACAGCCAUUCAGAUGGAGGCGAUCAUGCUGGACCUUGCGAACAUUGA